CUCUCGCUCUAGUGACGCUAAUCUACCGUCGGGCUAAUACUAACCGUCGCCAAAGCAUCGUAUUUAUUAUUCCUUAUGCUCACAUAGACAAAACCCCUGUGGAUUUAAUUCCGCUCCGGCGUCAGCUCACACUCCCUCGUCAGUGUCAAAAGAACAACAAAGCGCCAUCUUUUUGGGACCGAAUCGAGGCCGAGGCCAUGGAUCGCUCGCCGCCGCCGUCGCAGCUGUGACAUUCCUCCGCCGCCGUACGAUGUUCGCCAGGGCGCCAUCCCGGGAGCGGCGGUCGAGGCCGGUCCCUGUGUACCUUAACGUCUAUGAUCUCACCCCCAUCAAUGGAUACGCCUACUGGCUCGGCCUCGGCGUCUACCACUCCGGCGUGCAAGUGCACGGGGUGGAGUACGCGUAUGGGGCGCACGAGCACCCGACGACGGGGAUCUUCGAGGGCGAGCCGCGACAGUGCCCGGGGUUCGCGUUCCGGAAGUCGAUCCACAUCGGGCUCACCGAUCUGGGGCCGCGGGAGGUGCGAGCGCUCGUGGAGGAGAUGUCCGCCGAGUACACCGGUGACACCUACAACCUCAUCUCCAAGAACUGCAACCACUUCUGCGACGACGCCUGCCUCCGCCUCACCGGCAAGCACAUCCCCAAAUGGGUCAACCGCCUCGCCAAGAUCGGGCUCCUGUGCAAAUGCGUACUGCCGGUGCGAGUGACGGCCGUGAGGCAGCGGGGGACUGAGGGGAAGGGCGGCAGAGAAGGCGAGAGGAGAAUGCUGAGGAGCAGCUCCACCAGAUUCCCCCCGGCCGCCACCGCGACACCUCCCAGCGGUCCUCCUAGCAGCAUUUCUCAACCGGUGGUCACCAUUUCCUCUCGAUCUGAGGGGAGCAGGAGGCUCCGGCGCUCUUCGUCCUUGUCUUCCGUCGGAGGGUUCCCCUCCACCUUCGCCGCCUAAUCGCCGGCUCCGCCGCCGACGGUGAAUUGAGGAAACGCCUUCAGAGAACAGCACGAAACAAUCACAAAACUUUCCCUUUUGCUUUUGAUAUUUGCUUGGGGACGGGAAUAUUAUUUUCGGAUCAUCCUUUGUCUUU